AAAUUUUCAGCCAAAACCAAGUUUUCUACCCCUUUCGAAUUUGAUCAUUAAGUCGGGUGCUUGAACAGUCCCUUCCGUCGCCUCUUCCCCUCUCCUCCUCUCUCGUUCCUCUCCUCUGUCAGAGCCUCUCCUCUCUCGCUCUCCCCUCUCCUCUCUCGUUUUCUCUCCUCUUUCCCCUCCGUCGCCUCUUCCCCUCUCCUCUCUCGUUUUCUCUCCUCUUUCCCCUCCGUCGCCUCUUCCCCUCUCCUCUCUCGGUCUUUCGUUCCUCUCCUCUCUUGCUCUCUCGCUCUGUCGUUCCUCUCCUCUCUCGCUCUCUCUUUCUUCACACGCAGGACUUCAGGCACCAUCUUCAACAGGAAAUUUCUCUUCUUCCCUCUUGGCUGCUCCUUUACUCAGGUGGCAUAGAAGACAACCAACAAACUCGUAUAAGACAGUGAACUUGGAAAAGCUUGCUGGUUUGGAGGGAAGAGGGGAGAGCGAGAAAAGAGAACGAAGGGGGAGAGAUGGCGGGAAUGGGCGAUGGGUACGUGGGCACGGCGCAGGACGCGGUGAGGAUACGGAGGUUGGAGAAGCAGAGGGAGGCCGAGAGGAGGAAGAUACAGGAGCUCAAGAACAAGUCUGCCUCCUCCGGCGGCCAGACCGGCCUUCUCCAGUUUGGCUCCGGAACCUCGGAGAUACUUGAGACUGCCUUCAAAAAGGAAACUGUUGGACUCGUUACCAGGGAGCAGUAUGUUGAGAAGAGGGUUAACAUUCGAAAUAAAAUUGAGGAAGAAGAGAAAGAAAAACUUCAGAAGCUGCAGCAAGAAGAAGAAGAGCUUCAAAUGCAAAAGAGGAAGAAGAGGAGGGUAAAAGGGAAUCCACGUCUUUCAUUUACUGAUGACAUUGACAAUGGAAGUGAAGACGAAGAAGAAGCUGAAGGUAAAGAAUAUAAAAGACAUGGAAAACUUGGCAAGGAUCCUACAGUCGAGACUAGCUUUUUGCCUGACAGUGAGAGGGAAGCUGAGGAACAAGCUGAACGUGAAAGAUUGCGUAAGCAGUGGCUUCGUGAACAGGAGCAGAUCCGAAAUGAACCACUUGAAAUCACAUACAGCUAUUGGGAUGGAGCUGGUCAUAGGAGAGUUAUACAGGUUCGGAAGGGUGACUCCAUUGGAGAAUUUCUACGGGCCGUUCAGCAACAACUUGCACCUGAAUUCAGGGAGAUUAGAACAACAUCCGUUGAGAAUCUCCUGUACGUAAAAGAGGAUCUAAUUAUCCCCCAUCAACAUAGUUUCUAUGAGCUAAUCAUCAACAAGGCAAGAGGCAAGAGUGGACCACUGUUUCAUUUUGAUGUUCAUGAAGACGUUAGAACAAUUGCGGAUGCAACCAUAGAGAAGGAUGAGUCUCAUGCAGGAAAAGUGGUCGAACGGCACUGGUAUGAGAAGAACAAACAUAUUUUUCCUGCUUCAAGAUGGGAGAUAUAUGAUCCGACGAAGAAAUGGGUACGCUAUACCAUUCAUGGGGAUUGAGUAUGGGCUUCAUCCGUGGCAUCCUUUUUCAUCUUUCAUGAUGAGGUCUAUUGCAGGAAAAAUAAAGCAUCAGCAAUCUGCAUUCAUACCAGGAGAAGAGGUCUAUCUAAUCUUCAACCCGUCUUAUCCUCAUCACAUAUCCUUGUAGCGGUAACGCGCUAGUUUAUACAGUCCACUUGAUGCUUUUUCAAAAUAGAAGGCCUCCUAUUUGCUUGAUCCUGCGUCAGCCCCAACAAGAAGAAAAAACAACCAUCUUACGAAGCUCGUACUGUAUUGUACAAGAACAAUAGGUGGCAAUUGAAAAGCCACAUCUAUAAUGUCUUGAUUCUGUCAGUUUUACAAAGGAAAAAUAACAGAAAUGGCACGUAUGAAAAAAGGGAAGUAGCAGGAAGGAAUUGGGAAUGUCAGGCAGGAAAGAAGACCAGAAACAGGAUAUGCAUCAAUAUAUUUGUCUGCAGUGUGCACAUUUUCAGGUGCUGGAAGAACUCAUCCCUUCCAGCCUCUUUUGUGAUCAAGAAAAAUUUUCUUGGCUGAAAUUCCACAAGCCUUCAACAGCGUAGCAGUUACAUUUUGCACGUUUAAUUAACAGAGUUGUCUGUCCCUACAUGAAAAAGGAACUGUUGGUGAUCCACAACCAACCAAUGGUCACGAAGAUCGACCAAUCUCACAUGUGAACGAAUAAAACUUAUCAGCUUCUGGCUACAGCAGCUGCGGCAGAGUGUAAUAAUUCGGGAGCACCUUCGAUCGCUCUACUUGUGAAAUGGCCUUUUGAUGCUUGGUGGCUUUUACCUCGUGAUUGCGUCUUACUGAAGAAAGGUGUUGCAGCAGAGAUCUUUUCCACGGAAAAUAUAUCUUAGUCCCUUUUUCCCUGUUUCCUCUUUGUCCUCCGCAAGUUUUCUAUUAAGAUCUGCAAUAUGGCUUUCAUGUCUGACAUGGACGUCCAGUGCCAUAGUGGAAGACAACCUGAAUCCCAGAACAACCAUAUGGGGAUUGCUGAAGACAUUGCAUUGAAGAAAGGUUCUCCACCCUUCCCAGUACCAUGCUCUAUAAAAGAAAUCGUUAUUCUGCAGCAAAGAAAGGUUCAACAACACCCUUUCUAGCUCUAAUUAAAUGAUAACGUUAUUCUCGAAAAGAGUUUAGUGGUUCGACACCAAUAUAGCAUUCUCGUUUACUCGAAAAGUAAAAGAGAUUUCUAUAAGAUGAAGGUCCAAAGUGCCUUUCUGUUUCUUCUUAUAUGUAAGCUGGAGGUAGGCAGAAACGUUACAGAAUUAUGUCAAAGGAACGCGCAUCAAGUAUUGGAUUCUUACCCACCUCCAACCUAAAAUAUUGUAAGUCAAACUUCCUAUAUCAUUGGACCAAAAAGCUAUUUUGCUGAGUUUUUUUUUU